CUCCUCUCCCUCCUUCCCACCUUUUCAACAAAGCUGGAGAUUACAUAAGCUAGAGAUCUCUCCUAUCGAGUUCACUCUUUCUGUGACCUACGAUCGAGAAGGUAUACUUUUUUGUGAUACUCCGUUCUGAGAUUGCUUAUCGCCACAUAGUCAUCUUUGUUUAUAAAGUAUGUAUUUAAAAUACUUUAUAACGUUUACUGAACAGGAGCGUAUAUCCCUUUUAAUGAUGCGAGGAUGGGGUGAUCGUAGGAGCACAUGUGACAGAACUUUUCAAUCAAACUUUUAGGAAUGAAGACAAUGGUGUAUCUAAAUCGACUGUUAUUCGUACUGUACAACGUUUUGAAACAAUGGGUUUUGUAAAAGACCGUAAUAGACAAGGUAGACCAGAAAUAGUGACAUAUCCUGAUAAAAGAUUGAAUGUUCUACAGUCUUUUAUCGAAGAUCCGCGUAAUUCAAUUCGCAAAGUUGGACAACAACACGACAUCGAUCCUACCUAUGAAGCUACUUUUAAGCUAACCGGGAAUAUAAAUCGACAUAAUUGCAGAUAUUGGAGCGAUGAAAAUCCUCAUUGGAUGUACGAGGUACAUACUCAGAAUCAGCAAAAAGUCAACGUAUGUACUGGAAUUUUAAAUGAAGCCAUUAUUGGGCUUUUCUUUAUUGAAUGUAAUUUAAACGCUGACAAUUACUUAGCCAUGCUUCAAGAUGAAAUAGUUCCGGCAAUCCGAAACAUCGCUCGUCAAAACUUCAAUGACAUUUGGUUCCAGCAAGAUGGGCACCACCUCACUACGGUUUUCGAGUACGCCAAUAUCUGAAUGAAGUUUCUCCGAAUAGGUGGAUAGAAGAAGGGGUUACAUUGAAUGAUCAGCACGAUCGCCUGAUCUCAAUCCACUCUACUAUUUCUUGUGGGGAUAUUUAAAGGGAAAAAUUUAUAAUACUGAACCUCGAAAUCUUAAUGAUUUACGUCAACGAAUAAUAAAUGAAUUUAGAAUGCCUCGCGAAUUCUGUAGAAAUGCAGUCUUAAGUUUUUAUAAUCGUCUAGCACAUUGUCAGACUGCGGAGGGACGCUAAUUUGAGUAUUUGCUAUAAUAUGUAAUAUUCUUUUAAC